GAAGUGACCUUCUUGCUGCGCGGAUCCAGCUGCCUCCCAGUUCCAGAGGAGGGAUGUUUCCACGCAGCUGUGGGGAAGGAAGGGGGGCCGUUCCCUCAGCAGAUCCCAGCUCAGUCCGUCCAGAGCAGCGGCGGGGAUGAGCGCGGGGGAGCACGCAGCGGCGCAUUUCGCAGUGAUGGCCGUGGCCAUGGCGCGGUGCGGGUGAUCCUGGCAGAGACCCCGUGAAAACGACCUUCCUCUCACCCUCUCAUGAAAGACGCCAGAGAGGGGCGAAAACCAAGCCCACGCUGACGUAAACACAUGCUACCAUGUACAGCGUGGAGGACCUCCUCAUCUCUCAUGGAUACAAGCUUCCCAAGCACAGCGCUUCCUCCACCCCGACGCCGGUCCCCACGUCCUCGUCCCGCCAGCCUCCACCCUCCUCCCCGCCGUCCUACAGCAAACACCAUGAAGCUCUGGAGAGCAGGCACGGCUCCAGAACAGCCAACGGCUAUGAGCGAGGGCCCGCGGGAGCUUUUGGGAACAGCGGCGGAACAAGGCACCCUCAAGCGUACGGCGGCAGCUCGCCCAACAACAACAACAACGAACCGAGGGAGAGGAGCCAGACAAAACAGGAGGGCGAGAGCCGGGGCCACGCCGACAGCCACUCUUUAGGGGAGUCGCUGACCUUAGACAGUGGGUUUUCUGAUGGCAGCAAAGCCCCUCAGGCAUUGUCCAAGGAUGUGUCCUACUGGAGGAGGAGAGGCCAGGACUUCACUGUGCUGCUGGACUAUGCCGACUUAACGGAGUCCUACGGAGGGGGCCAGGGAGAUUGCAAUCGGCCAGACGGUCCUCAAAAGGCAAGAGGUCAAGAGCUCUCCACAGAAGACCGUCAGAGGUUAGCUCAGGAACGGCAGCGCUGGGCAGCCCAGGCCCAGGCUCAGGCUCAGGCCCAGGCCCAAGCCCAGGCUCAGGCCCGCUCUAGAGAGAGGGAAGCCGCCCUUCAUCAGUGGAGAAUGGCAAGUGAGAGGAAGUGCCAGAGCCUGGGGACGGAGGACUGGAACCCAGCUGUAAUCUUUGGCCGCCAGCUGUCUCAGAGUGAGGGUGAGCGUUGGGCACAGGACCAGCAGCGGCUCCAUGCCAGAACACCAGAUGGCAUGGUAGUCCACCCCAGGACCAAAGUAAAAUCCCAGUCCCUGCCCAGGAUGGUCCAGCCCGAGAGCCUGCAAUACAUUGACGUGGUUUCGUCAGGUCAAGAACUGUACAAGCGGGUGAAUGGGCACCCAUUUGCACACCACCAGCUGUACAGAGCACCACGCUGGGCAGAGAACGGUAGGCCUGCCAGUGCCAACCAACUCUCUAUAACACCAAAGCCCCGCUUCACCCGACCGCCCAGACCUCCGUCCUAUGAGAUGCACCAGCAGAUCAGGGGAAGCUGUGAGGUGCUGUCAGGCAGAGAGUCAGUCAUUCCCCAGGCCAGGGACAGAACCCCCAUUCCCAUGUCACGACCGACUGACCCCCAUUUGGACUAUUAUGCACAGGAUUCUGGCCCACCAGGAUACAUUCCUCCUCCGUCAUACAAAAGAGUUCCAAUAAUGGGAGGGGGGCUCCGGGGAUAUGGCGAAAUAGGUGUGGACUACAGGUACAGAGGAAACAUGUAUCAGCAGAUACACGUGGCUCCAGAUGGAUCUCAUUGGUUUAUCAGACACCCAGCCAGUUCUUGGCCUCAUCCACCACGAGAGAGAAGUAUGUCCAGCCAGAAGCAGCUUUGCCCCAUCUACUCCACCCAAGAGCAUCCAACUGGAAGUGUUCAAUAUAUUCCAUUUGAUGAUCCCCGUAUUCGUCACAUAUCUUCAGCCCUAGGUGGUAAUUCCUUGACAGAUGCUGAUAAGAUCCGCCACAUUCGUAAAGAGCUUCCCAGUGUCACUGUGUCGGAGUCUGCAACCAAUGACAGUGCCUUUUUGCCCCCGCCACUGGGGCCUUUCAUCACUGCCAAACCGGCAGGUGAAGCUAACCAGAUUUCUCCUAGCGACUUUGACAAUGACAAUAAGAGGUGGCGAAGCGAUUUGCACAAACAGACUGUUGAUAACUUCCCAGCACCAGACCAAAACUCAAACAACAGACAUCUCAGAAACCAACUUCCUACUCCAUCACCUUCUUCAGCUUUCCAGGUCCCAUUGCCAAGAACUUCUCCCCGCCAGGGAUCCAGAUCAGACCAGAUCUUUGCAGAAACUAUCACACAGGUGAAAAAAAUUGCUCCAGAUUCAGGACAGGAGAACUACAGGAACACAAAGAGAAGAGUGAGUGAGACCAUAUUCUGCCUGGUAUCUGUUCCUCUUCACACACCAACCAACAUCAGCAAAGAUCUAGUGGCUGAUCAGAACAACAAUGAGGCAAUACCAAACUUGACCUUGACCAAAACUGACACUUUUGCUGUAGGCCUCAAAGAGAGUCUAAAUAUUCGCAGCAAGUCUGUGAACGAGAUGCCUAUCAAAUCCUGCUAUUCUCAUUUUCACACCAGCAGCACAUCCUCAAUGAGGAACUACAAGAGAGCUCCUUUAAGAAAAGAGAUCAUUGAUGCAUGGGCACUCCAAGCAAAUGAAGAUUUAUGCUAUGCUAGGUCCUGGCCUGGAAACCAGUACCGUAAUCAGGAAACUCAGACUGGUUCACCUUUGACAGUGGUAAAAAGCCCAGAACCUCAGAGCCCUCCAUGUGGACAGGAGCCUGCUCUGUCUGCCUCAAAUGCAACUACUGACCUUGAUGUCAGCUCCGAAAGCAGCCCCUCCUAUGGCUAUCCCAUGGCAGGCCAAAAACAUCUUAAUCCAUCCAGCAACAGCGCCUUCUCUCGUCUCAGCCCAGCACAAAUGCCAACGCAACAGGACUCACCACAGCAACCAUCCUCUCCUUCCAAAGCACGCGUUCAGCCAGAUCACCAGCCGUCCUCCCCUAAGAAGAUCAAUUCUCCAGACAGUGCAGAGCAUGUGGUCUUUGGUCAGUUUCUCUUGAAGCCAGUGAACCGACGACCCUGUGAUGCCAUUGGUGAGUUAGAGACCAUAAAUAAAGAAAUGGAAGAAACAAUCAGCAAGAGACCCAUCGUUGGUCUGAGUACAGGUGAUCUUGAUGGGUUUCAUAAAAAGCUAGCUUGUCUAAAAUCAGCAGCCCAUUUCACUUGCCCAGAACCAGGUCGGGAAGCAAUCAGUCUUCCACCACUGCAUACAGACAAGCCCAAUAAUAUAAAAAAGAGAUCAAAGUCAUUUGCCUCCACUGCUGAUCUUGAAUCCUUGGACACAAGCAGUAGCAGUACUUUCUCCAGGGCACAAGCCAACCACAUACCCCCAACAAAUAAGCUUUCCAUGUUGGUCAAUCCAGACCCCAGAGAGAAUUCUCUCCUGUCUCCUGUUCUCCCAAACAAUGAGUUGAAUCAGCCUUGCCGGCAGGACAUCCCAGUUCCUCAAGAAUCCCUUCUGAGAGAUGUGGGGCUAACGGUCUACACGGAAAGCCCUGGUCGGCCAAUGCAGCGCUCACGUUCAGCCCCAUCUCCAUUUGAUCAUGAGGGUCCAACUGAGUUAUUGUCAAUGUCAGGACUUGUUAAAAGCAGUUUAAGUUUGGAUCACAACUCAAAUGAACAGCCCAGGAAUAGGUUAUACAGAGAGGGAAAAGCUACUUCAGACAAGAUAGUAGUUUGUCUGAAUGGAAGUAUCUCCAGGGGUGGGAAUGAAAGUAGCAAACUACUCCUGACAGAAAGUCUAUCACAAAGGAGGACAAAAGAGGUUUCUUUUGCCUUUGAGAAUGAGGUUGAUGAAAGAUAUGCCCUCUCUGAACCCCUUACCUACAAGAAUGACUCAACAAUAACAGAUAAGCACUUAGAAAGCUUACUAAUUCAGGAGAAAGCCAAAAUGUUACCUGUGGAGGACCUAAGCAAGCUUUACGAGGUCAAAUGUCCAAAAGGUAUCCCUGAAAAUGAGUCUAUAGAGGAAAGGGCUGCACGGAUCUUGGGUAUUUCUGUUUGUGUUGGGACUUUAGGUGUGGGGGACAAAAAUAUUGACGAUAACCAGGUUGAUUUGGACACCAGUUCUGGAGAGAAACAGCCAAGUCCAAAUGGAGAAACACAGAAUGUGAUUGGAGAGUAUGAGGAAGUCAAAGAGGAGCUCUUGUUAAUCCAAGCUCCAAAUUCUGAGGAGGUCAAGGAGACAGGGCCAGGUGUGGAUCAAGAAGAACACAGGGACAAUAGAGAGAAGCACAGCAGGGACCAUAGAGACCAUCAGGACACAGAGACAGGGGCAGGAGCAGAAAACCCUGAAUUCCCACCAAGCAAGCUUCUGCUGUCUCUACCUGUGACCGCUGAUGAGAAGCCAGCAGUCAGUGCAUCCAAUGGGGAUAAGAAAGGGAAAAGUGGAGCAGGCAAAGUCAUUGAAUCCCUCCAAGAUAAGCUGAACAGUUGUGCAGCUUCGUCUGGUACACCUCUGGCUCUAUCGAGCACAGAAAGAAUGGCCCGUUUUAAGGAGCUGGACUCUGUGUCUCGAAUAAGACGCCUCAGUCUUAAAGGCCCAGAGUCUGUAAUAGAAGCUAUUUCUAAAGAAAAAAAUGACAGUAUGGAAGAAUGUGAUGCUAGGAAAGAAGCUAAAAUGAACGUUGAGCAACAGCUAGCAAAGCAGGAGAAGGAUGAAGAGGAUAAAGGAAAUCAAGAGCAGGAACUUCGGGAUGAAAAUGAGAACGGACCAGUCCGUUUGGGGGAUCCUGAUCAAAAUAAAAAAGAAAAUAUCAGGGAGACAACAGAAAAGAGAAGAAGUGAGGAGGAAAUUGCCUUUGAAAUUGCACUUGAAGCAAACAGGGAGCAAAGUAAUGAUUCACAUUUUGAAUUAAAAAUGGAGGAAGCAGAGUUGGAGUUAAAAAUUGUGGAAAAAGACACAGAAAAGCCUUUGGAGGUCACAAAAGAGGAGAGGAAUACCGCGGUGGCUAGCAGAGCAGAGACCGCUCAAAACACAGAGGCAAGACCAAUGCCCAAACCAAAGCGGCGCACCAAGCUCCAGAAACCACCCCUGCUUCCCAAACCUCGCAGUGUCCCCAAGAGAGAAAUAACGCUGCCAACAAGCCUCAGCUCUGGGACCUGCGGUCACUCAAAUGCAGAGGAAGAGGAGGAGGAGGAGAAGCUCUCUGUCUCAGACUCGUACGACCCCAGUCGAGUGGAGAGGGUGUAACUCCUGACUGCUGCCUUCACCACUGUGGAAAUCUGUCUUCUGUCAAGUUAGCUACCUAUUUUUUUUUUUUUUUUUAAUCCACCACAAAGACCUUCAUCUCACCUCAUGACGCGAUUGGAACGCCUCUGCAUCCACGUAUGAACUUCUCACAGAAGUGACUGUCCUGGUGCUGCAGGAGCUUCUUCCUGUCUCUGAACCAGUUAUUUUAGUUCCACAAGCAUUUUGGACUUCCUCCUUUUAAGGCGUUACUUUUGGGAAAACGAGAUACAAAAAAAAGGCAUGUCAUUUUUCCACCUGCACAUGGGCUCGUGGGCGAGCGUUUGUGUGGAAACAUGAAUGUAAAAGUGCUUCUGCUCCACCAACAAACAAGAGAAAUGUACCAGAAGAAGCCACAAGAGAGAAGUAUUGCAUUACAAUCAGUAUUAACCAAAUGUAAAUAUGAUAGACUAAUGACAUUUUGUUAAAUCUAUAAAAAUGGUAUCAGACUGAAAUGUAUAUUUUCUUAUAUAUGUUUAAAACCUUUGGUUUUCAGAAGUGUAACCUUUGGGUGUGUGAUCAAUAAUGAAGCCCCGCCCCCCGCUCUUUAUUCUUAUACUCGUGUGAUAGAGAAUGUACUCCGAGAGUUUGGAUUGCAAAGAAAACACUGUGGUCCUUGAAUAGUUUCAAUCCAGAGCAAUAUAGCCGUCGCAGACGAGCGUCUGUGACCCGGUUUUAGUGGAGCUAACCUUUCAUUUGAAACGUUUUGGUACACGUGUCGUAUUUUUGCACUGCUGAGAUUACUGGCUCUGUGUUGUUAGCAAAACACCUGAAUAUAAUUGUGUCCGAAUUCCGUCACUACUUAGCUCUACAUGUGGCGUUCACCAUUUUUUUCGGAGUGUAAUUUCCAAAGUCGGGUGCCCUAGAAAUUUUCCAGAAGUCUGCAAAAAACUACAGAGCAUCAAUGGUUACUAGAUUAAUGACCAUAAUGCGCUGCAUUUAAAUGAUUUUUAAUGAAAUUUUUUUUUUUUUUAAAAACAUUCAAGUUUUCAUCAUAAAUUAACACAUUCUCACUUCCAAGUCAUCAUAUAUUGACGUUAGGUUAAUGACCACUCCGGGUCACUUUUUGAUGUUUCCCCAAGCCGUCAGUUUUGGACAUGCUGGCUGUUCCCAUUAAACCACGGGUCCCCAACCUCUGGGCCGUAAACCAGAAUCAGUCCAGUACCACAAUGCUUAGCCAAACCCAGUACCCUAACCUGACCAGGUACAGUAUGGAACUUUAACUGGUACCAGACGCUGUACGGUGCACAAACCAAAUGUGAACCAGAACCGGGUUAAGGUUAGGGUAGCGGUACUGGAUGAGUCCCAAGGACUAGUGCACAUCCGGAUGCGUUACCGAACCCAAACCGGUACCAGACGCAGGACGAGGCGCAAACCUGACAAGAACCAUUACCAGUACUGGGUUAGGGUGGCAGUACUGGAUGCAUCCCAAGUGUCCCAGUGCACGUGCGAAUGUGGUACCAAACUGGUACCAGACACAGCACAUGCCGCAAACCUAACGCGAAGCAGUACCGGUUUAAGGUUAGGGUACCGGUACUGGGUUAGGGUAUCAGAACCAGGACUGUGUUAAGGUUAGGGUACAGGUACUGGAUGUGUCCCACAGACUAGUGCGCAUCCGCUACUGCAUCUGAUACUCCGUCCUGAGGGUUGCAGACCCUUGAUUUUACAAACAGCCAGCACAUGAAAAACCGACGAGUUGGGGACACCCAAAACGCCAAAAAGUAACAAUAUGUGACGACUUGAGGAUGAGAAUGAGUUGCAUAAAUAGUCUUCAUAAAAUGCUCGUAUUUAUUUGGUUUUUACUUCGUGACGUCACAUUUGCAGUUUUUUAAAAGAAGUAGUGAAAUCUAGGACACUACAUAGUCCCGCAUUAAACAGUUUUUCAGAAGCUAGCGAGUAGUGAGGGAAUUCGGACAUAGCGUGUCUUCACGUUGGGAGAUCCUCCCUAAGGAAAUGUCUUCAGUGAAUCCCCACGCUGUCUGACCUUUUCCGUCCUUCACUUUAUGUCUCAGAAGUGCUUCUGGUAGGAAGCGGUGUAGAUGUAGCCGUCCCGAGCUGUCGUAGGGUCUCCAUUUCAACUGGACUUCCGUUUCACUGAAAUGAAACUCAUUCUUUGUGUAGGCAAUAAUAUUAACACGAAUAAGCUUAAUAUGCUUAGUAAUGUCGCUGUACAGAACUUGGAGAUCUCGUCUGAACACGUUUGAUAAAGGUGACAAACGGGGUAGCAAUAGAGAAGAAAUUGACCAACGAACCAAACCAAACUUUUAUUCUAUGCAUUGGACAUCAACUUUCACUGGGUGUUAACAGAAAAUGAAAAACCAUAUCAGUGUUUGAUCUGUCAACUGUGUGGUGAAGCUGCAGAGUUUAGUGUCCCGUCUCCAGCCCUGUACCUCUGUGCUCCAGGUAAUGUGUUAUCUGGUCAUUCUUGUUGGUCUUUUUUGUAGAUCUAUUGGUGCACAUCUUGCUUUGAUAUUUUCUAUUUUCAUACAGAGGUAUGUACAGCUUUUUUUCUAAACGCAGCAUCUUUUUUUUUGGUUUUGUCUUCUCGCCUUUUCUGUGCAUGUAAUGCGUAAGAAGAAGUCACGGAGAAAGUGUAUUUGCAUAUACUUGCAUUUGGUACUAUAUAUGUAUAGUCUAUCCAAUAAACAACAGUUAUAUUUCAUACAAUGUAUAUUUUAUUUUCAGAAGUUAAGCUGCAUAUUUAAAAAAAUAAAAAGGACAAAGUAUUUUUUAGAAAUAUUGUGAAAAAGGGAGGUGUUUUCUGAAGGCGCAGUGUUUGUCUUUAUUUGCUGUGAUCCUUCCGAAUGAUCCCAAAUAGAGACAAGGAUGUGCUGUUGUUCAGUGCUGCAGACAGUUCAUAAAUAAAAUCCUUUGCAUGAAGCUGCCUCUGAUGUUCUGUGCAUUAAUAUUGUAAGUUAUGCAGAGAAGCCCGGUGCACAUCUGAGAGCUGUUUCUCAAUUAUUCAUUCGGUCACUGUACGUUGCACUUAAGGGGCCUGGAAAGCUGCUAAAGGGACACAGAGUCGUGGAGGGAAACUGAUUGAGGUAAGCUCGCCAGGUUAGGUUUAGAAUCAUUUUAUAAAAAUGUAUGCAACAUAAGGGAGUUUAUAUCAAAUUUUAGUUUCAUCUAUGUUCAUUUGUGAAAAUUGACAAACUUUUAUCUGUGAUAGAACGAAAAAUAAGAAAUUCUUUGACCAAUUUUACCUAAAAUCAAAACUAAAAUCCACUUGACAGGAAAAUGUGCCCAUUUAAAUUAUGAUAACAUUAGAUUGUAGCUCCGCCCAUAUUCCCGUGCUCCAUCUUUAUCUUCAUCAAAACUUUCAGUUUUAUUAACUCGUUGUUUACAGAAUGUAAGGAUUAUUUUAAACUAAUUUGGGAUUCAUCCAAAUUUUUAGCUGCUAAUAUCAGAGCUCUUCUGAUUGUUUCUGCACUUUCUGGGUUUUUUGAGCAUUUUUGACCUUUUAGUUGUUAUAUUGGCAUAAUUCUAGCUUUUUUGAAUAUUUUGGCAUUUACUAACAAAAAAAA